UAAAUGAUGAAUGAAAGAGAAACUUUGUUUUUCAAUUUUUCUCAGUAGACUCCGUCACAGAAUAAUAUAUAACCUUAUAACCAUGUGGUUAUUUAUUCUGUGACUCCGACUCCGUUAGUUACAUGUUAGUUAAUACUAAAGUUAUUUAAUAUGGAAUGCAAUGAAAAUAUUAAGGAUUCUAGAAAUCAAGAAAUAUUAACAGGUAUUAAAGAUGAAGGAGAUUCUCUACAGAAAUAUAACAAUAUAGAAGUUAAAUCAGAACUAGAUGAAAGCAGUUAUGGACAGGAAUCUGUAUUAGAUGGGUAUUGUUCAGACAGUUCAGAUUCAGAGGAUAUUAAAAUAGAAGACCAUGUAUUAGAAGAUGUUUCUAAUGAAAUUAAACUUGAAAUAAAAAAAGAACUGGAGGAGUGUAGCGUUGGUGAUCCACAGGAUAUUACAGGGAAAGUUACCAAACCAUUCGGUGCUCCCAAAGAACAUUUGAAAACUUAUACCGGUGAAAGAACUUAUAAAUGUGAAAUUUGUAAUAAACUGUUUACUACAAAAGGUAAUUUAAAGAUACACAUGAGAAUUCACACUGGUGAAAGACUUUAUAAAUGUGAAAUUUGUAGUAAGAAGUUUACUCAAAAAAGAACUUUAAAUAUGCAUAUGAAAGUUCACACUGGUGAAAAACCAUUUGAAUGUGAAAUUUGUAGUAAGUUGUUUACUACUAAAGAUAAUUUAAAGCAGCAUAAGAUAGUUCACACUGGUGAAAAACUUUAUAAAUGUGAAAUUUGUAGUAAACAGUUUACUCAAAAAAGUAGUUUAAAUACUCAUAAAAGAGUUCACACUGGUGAAAAACCUUAUAAAUGUGAAAUUUGUAGUAAGCAGUUAUCCCACACAAGUGCUUUAAUGUAUCACAUGAGAGUUCACACUGGUGAAAAACAUUAUGAAUGUGAAAUUUGUAGUAAGAAGUUUACUGAUAUAAAUCAUUUAAAUACUCAUAAAAGAGUUCACACUGGUGAAAAACAUUAUGAAUGUGAAAUUUGUAGUAAGAAGUUUAAUGAUAUAAGUAAUUUAAAUACUCAUAAAAGAGUUCACACUGGUGAAAAACCUUAUGAAUGUGAAAUUUGUAGUAAGCAAUUUGCUUACCGAGAUCAUUUAAAGGGUCAUAUGAGAAUUCACACUGGUGAAAAACCUUAUAAAUGUGAAAUUUGCUUCAAACAGUUUACUCAUAAAGCUUCUCUAAGUAUACAUAAUAUGGCAGUUCAUACUGGUGAAACACCUUAUAAAUGUGAAAUUUGUAGUAAGAAAUUUACUCAAAAAGGUAAUUUAAAUACUCAUAAAAGAGUUCACACUGGUGAAAAACCUUAUAAAUGUGAAAUUUGCUUCAAACAGUUUACUCAUAAAGUUUCUCUAAGUACACAUAAUAUGGUAGUUCAUACUGGUGAACAACCUUAUAAAUGUGAAAUUUGUAGUAAGAAAUUUACUGGAAAAAGUAGUUUAAAUACUCAUAAAAGAGUUCACACAGGUGAAAGACCUUAUAAAUGUGAAAUUUGUAGUAAGCAGUUUAGUCGACUAAGUAGUUUAAAUUAUCAUAUGAGAGUUCACACUGGUGAAAGACCUUAUAAAUGUGAAAUUUGUAGUAAGCAGUUUAGUCGACUAAGUAGUUUAAAUUAUCAUAUGAGAGUUCACACUGGUGAAAAACCUUAUAAAUGUGAAAUUUGUAGUAAGCAGUUUAGUCGGCUAAGUAGUUUAAAUUAUCAUAAGAGAGCUGACACUGGUGAAAGAUCUUAUAAAUGUGAAAUUUGUAGUAAGCUGUUUACUGAAAAAUCAACUUUAAGUAAUCAUAUGAGAGUUCACACUGCCCAAGUAGCACAUUCUUCAAAGAGGCCUGACUCUGAGAUAGAUGACUCCAUGACGGAUGAGGAUUCCGUGGAUGAGGACGAGGCCGUAGAUUUGGAAAAUUUGAGCAAACAUCAGCCACUUGCCGAUGCAGAAGUUAGAAUUGCUGAUGGAAUUAUAAUAGGAGAAGAUAUUCUUAUUCAACAGUCAGAAUCGACAUGUUCGAAAAGUGUAAGACUAAAAAGUGAUCCACAGGAUAUUACAGCGAAAGUUACCAAACCAUUCAGUGCUCCCAAAGUACAUUUGAAAACUUAUAAUGGUGAAAGACCUUAUAAAUGUGAAAUUUGUAAUAAGCUGUUUACUACAAAAGGUAAUUUAAAGAUACACAUGAGAAUUCACACUGGUGAAAGACUUUAUAAAUGUGAAAUUUGUAGUAAGAAGUUUACUCAAAAAAGAACUUUAAAUAUGCAUAUGAAAGUUCACACUGGUGAAAAACCAUUUGAAUGUGAAAUUUGUAGUAAGUUGUUUACUACUAAAGAUAAUUUAAAGCAGCAUAAGAUAGUUCACACUGGUGAAAAACUUUAUAAAUGUGAAAUUUGUAGUAAGAAGUUUACUCAAAAAAGAACUUUAAAUAUGCAUAUGAAAGUUCACACUGGUGAAAUACGAUAUGAAUGUGAAAUUUGUAGUAAGCUGUUUACUACUAAAGGUAAUUUAAAUACGCAUCAAAUAGUUCACACUAGUGAAAAACCUUAUAAAUGUGAAAUCUGUAGUAAGCAGUUUAAUCAAAUUAGUAAUUUAAAUAUUCAUAAAAGAGUUCACACUGGUGAAAAACCUUAUAAAUGUGAAAUUUGUAGUAAGCAGUUCACUAUAAUAAGUUAUUUAAAUACUCAUAAAAGAAUUCAUAGUGGUGCAAAACCUUAUAAAUGUGAAAUUUGUAGUAAACAGUUUACGCAAAUUAGUAAUUUAAAUAGUCAUAAACGAGUUCACACUCGUGAAAAACCUUUUGAAUGUGAAAUUUGUACUAAGCAAUUUGCUAAACGAGGUGUUUUAAAGGGUCAUAUGAGAAUUCACACUGGUGAAACACCUUAUAAAUGUGAAAUUUGCUCCAAACAGUUUACUCACAAACUUUCUCUAAGUACACAUAAUAUGGUAGUUCAUACUGGUGAAUAUGAAAUAGAUAAUAAACGAUAUGAAUGUGAAAUUUGUAGUAAGCAUAUUACUACAAAAAAUAGUUUAAAUAAUCACAUGAGAAUUCAUACUGGUGAAAAACGUUAUGAGUGUGAAAUUUGUAAUAAGCAAUUUAUUGAAAAAGGUGAUUUAAAGCGUCAUAUUAUGAGAAUUCACAGUGGUGAAAAACCUUAUAAAUGUGAAAUUUGUGGUAAGCUAUUUACUGAAAAAGGUGAUUUAAAGCGUCAUAUGAGAAUUCACACUGGUGAAAAACCAUAUGAAUGUGAAAUUUGUAGUAAGCUGUUUACUACUAAAGGUAAUUUAAAUACGCAUAAAAUAGUUCACACUGGUGAAAAACCUUAUAAAUGUGAAAUUUGUAGUAAGAAGUUUACUCAAAAAAGAACUUUAAAUAUGCAUAUGAUAGUUCACACUGGUGAAAAACCAUAUGAAUGUGUCUAAUCUUCGGGCUCAGUUGAGGAUGAUCGUCUGUUAUUGAAACACCAAUAGCACUUAGAUACUUUAUCGAUAGCGACUGACACUAGGGUAGUAGAACCAACCCCGGGAGAACGUAAUUGUACUGAUAUGUGGCUCGUACGCGAAUUAGAUUUAGUCUGUUAUAAUGCUACAUAUUGACUCGUCAUUGAAUAAUCUAAUAAUGAAACUGUAAAUUUUGAACACCCUGUAAAUAAAUGUGUAAUAAUCAAUCAUGGAAUGCAUUAAUUAUAAGAUAAUUACCAGACCGUAUUGUCAUAAAAUGACAAUGUCAUACAAUGACAUUAAUUAACUUCAUAUUUUGUUUUAAAAUCGAUUUACAGAGUAAGAAUUUAAAUAAUUGUAAAUUACGCAAAAACUAUGAGACCUAGGUAGGACAUCCAUCUACCAUUCGAAAGAGGUAAAUUUGUUAAGUAUAAUUAUUUAUUAAUAUACAUGGUGUUCCAUUUAAAAUACGCAUCAUAUGACACAAUGAAUACCCCACUAAUGAAACUAUAAAUUUUGAAAACCCUGUAGACAAAUGUGUAAUAAUUAAUCAUGGCAUACAUUCAACCAAUAUCAAACUAUUUAGAUGUAAAAGUAAUGUUUUUAUAAUUUCUUAAAUAUUGUCCUUUUCAUGAUCAUUUUUCAGUGCGUAACAAAUGAUAGGAAAAAGGGUAAGUCCGUGAUAAUACACAUUUAUGACAUUUAUUCUAACAUGACAUUUUAGUUAAAUCUGACAGUUGUCACAUUUUAUUUUUAAUUUGGAAUAAAAACCAAUCAAACGUGUUUCUUGCAUUUAUAAAAUGGUAUUUUCUUUGAUUUGUAUAGUCUUAUAAAGUAUACAGAUUAUAUUUGUAAUAUUAUUAUCUAAUUAAAAAAAAAUUAUUUUUUUAUUAUGGCGCCAUCUAUCGACAACUAGAAUAACUAGAAUAAAUGUUAUAAAGAUGUCACCGACGAAAUGUAAUCACUGACGUGCCUUUUUUUCUGUCACAUACAAUUUAAUGCGUUAGAAAGAAAUCGAAAAACUGUGACGCACUGAAAGAUGAUCAUGAGAAAUACUGUAACUUGAGAAUAAGCCUUCUUUUAAAACUUUACAUUUUAAGAAAAGUCAAGAUAACUCAGAACACUCUGUACAUAGGUAUAGGGAAGCCUUAUGAAACUAUACCUUAUUUUUUGCGGACAAUUAAAAAAUGCAAUAAAAUACAGGGUGUUCCAUAAGAAAAAAUAUAACUUUGAUACGCCGCCAUAUAUUGGGGCACCCUGUAUAUUUCAAAAUAAUUUUAAAAUGUAGCUUUUAUCAACUUACAAACUACUCAAUUUAAAUUUUUUUCAAAUCUUUUACCGUUUAGCUGUAAUCUUCCGUCCCGUUAGUGGUGACUCACCCUGUAUAAUUAUGAAUAUUUGAUAUUUAACAUACUGCCCGGCGAAAUAAGUAAUAACGAGUAUUCAGUACAGCUACGCUUACAAUGAUAGUGAUAAAGUAUUUAUAAAUAUUAGGUUAAUGUACAGUGUGAUGUGAAGACACCAGUCUUUGAACAAAUUAUCAAUGCUCCAACUGCAACACCUUAGGUAAUAAUAUCAAAAUUAAAUCUGAAUCAGAGUUUAAAUCAACAACAUUCAAGUCAAGAUUCAGGUUAGGUAAAGGUAAAUGAAAAGGUAUUGAGUGGGAUAUAUGUUUCAAUGUGUUAAGAAUUGUAUUAUCAUAUUAUUUUAAUCGUAUAGUAUUAUUAGUUAUUUUAUUAACCUUUCAGUGCUAACGUGAAGUAUUUUGCCAUAAGUGCUAACGUCCGUCUCUGGGACCGUAUGUUUUUACAUGCCCAUACUGUAAAUUUUACAAAUUUUUAAAAUUUAAUUACUUCAAGGGUUUUAUUAAAUACUUUUUUAUUUAAAAUAAAUGCAGUUUUAUUUAAAAAUUAUAUUUAUAAACAUUUAUUUGGACAAAAAUAAUUCCUUAACAAAAACAAGCUACUAUUCUAAAAAGUGAGAAAAAAAACCCUAAAAUCUUAAUUUAAACAAAAAAUUUGCUGAGUUAUUUUUAAACUAAAGAUGAAAUUAUCCACUUAUAAUAACCAUACUUAAGCAAUUCUAAUAAUACGAAGUAACUUUACACUUAAAAAAAGUCAAUCUUUUUCUGAACAUUCUACACAUAUACCCUUUAUGUGUUCUAAGCACAUAAAUUUAUUACAUGAGUAACAACUGUACUUUGUUUUUCGACUUUUCGUAGUUCAUUUCUAUUUCUAAAAAGUAAAAAAAAUAAUAUUUUAUUCACUAAAAAUACAACGCUAAAAGUUAUAAUCCUUACCUUUAGCACAGCCGCAAAAGCUAACAUCCGUCUCUGAGACCGAAAUCUUGUGUAACGAACGAACUAUGCAUCUACGUUCAACAAUAUUUUAAUACUAUCAACGGUUAGGUAAAAUAUGAAGCUAUUGAAUGACCUAGCCCGAAUAUCGAAAUAGAUCGUUAAUUAUCGGUAUGAAUAGGUUAGCUCCGUCUAUGAGACCAUGCGUUAGCACUGAAAGGUUAAUAUUAUCGAAUUGUACGACGAGCUCUCGGUCUAUAAUUAUACGUAGAUUUAUUUAAUUGUAUUUUAUUUCAUCCAAACAACUAGGCUAGUGUUUGCUGUUCUUGCAGAAUCUCGAUCUGUUUUGUAACCUCGGUUUGUAUUACAUUAAUAUGUAGGCUAGUAAUAAAGGUCGUGUUUUAUAAACGCGAAAUAUUUCAAAAUACGUAAAGUUAUUAAUGAUUUUUUAUUAUUAGACAGUUGUAUUAUUAUGUAUUAAUUAUUGUGGUCACCUUUGUAUUGUCCUUAGGAUUAAGGACACCAGAUUCUUAGGUUAAAUUUGGAGGACAGGUUAUAAUGAAACAACUUUUAUCUAUCGUGUCUAGAUCAUAGAUUUAUAAUACUCUAGAUUGCGCCUUACGAUCUUAAAAUGGGUGACGGUUGCGACAGAGAUAAAUGAGCCUACUUGGUCGGUAGUCUCUUUCUGAUUCAAGUGGAGUAUCGACGACGUCACUAUCCUACUCUGUCGUCGAGUAUUUUAGAUGGUUUGACAGUUCGAGAGGAUGGCGACGAGAACUGGUCGUUUGUCUUCGGACGUGGAUAAUCCUGGUUCGAAUCCCAUACCAAUCUUCACUUUUUUUAUUUUUUAUUUAAUCAAU